AGAAUGAGGAGAAUCCACAUUAAAGGAGAUGUGCUCUGCACUCUUAUACUUGUGGUACUUUUAUGCAUAUUGCUUUUUGCCUACCAGAAUUUAAUACCUAUAUGGAGGACAAUGUGUAUUGAGCAUGGCACUAGCAAUACAAGAGCACUCCUUGGAUCAGCAAAGGAAAGGUCACAUCCUUCUCAGGCUCUGGACGUACCCCACUACAAUCAAAAGUCUAAACUUCAUGCACAGACUGAAUCUAUGCAACAGAAUGAGUCAAAAUAUCCAAAGACAAGGAGUAAAUUAAAUAAAAAAGAUUUGAAGAGGAAGGCCACAAGAACAAAAGCUCCUCCUGUGCCUACUCUUCCUCAGUUUGACUUUAAGGAUUACCUUCGCAGGAAGGACCAGCGCCAGUUCAAGAUGCUAAUUGACCAGCCAAAAAAAUGUACAGGACCCAAUGGGGCACCGUACCUCCUGAUUGCUAUUAAAUCAAUGGCUGUAGACUUUGACAAGCGUCAGGUGGUUAGGCACACCUGGGGCAGAGAAGGUGUAGCCAAGAAUGGAAUAAACAUUAUGACCGUUUUUCUUCUAGGUGUGCCCCAAAAUGUAACAGAACUUCCACAGUGGGAUAGGUUGUUGGCAUAUGAGAGCAGCAUAUUCAAGGAUAUACUGCUCUGGGACUUCAAAGACACAUUCUUCAACCUGACACUUAAAGAAACUCACUUCCUCCAGUGGGUUAACACAAGCUGUUCCAAAGCAAAGUUUAUUUUCAAAGGUGAUGCAGAUGUCUAUGUGAACAUUGAAAACGUUCUGGAGAUGCUUGAAGAUAAACAGACUAACGAGGACUUUUUUGUUGGGGACAUCAUCGUUCACGCAAGACCAAUCAGAAGACGUAACAGUAAAUAUUAUGUGCCUGAAUUUAUAUAUGGUCAAGGGAUUUACCCAUCUUACGCAGGUGGUGGAGGAUAUGUCAUGUCGGGGCACACCGCACUGAGGCUGCACAUGGCCUGCAAGGAGGUGGAACUCUUCCCCAUAGAUGACGUCUUUUUGGGGAUGUGUUUGCUCAGGAUCGGGGUAAAGUUGAUCCAUCAUGUGGGCUUCCGUACUUUCGGCAUCGAUCGUCCACCUGCAGCACCCUACCUUGAGGUGUUCGACCCAUGCUUUUACAGGGAAUUGAUUUUGGUGCACAGCCUGACGGUGCCACAGAUCUGGCUCAUGUGGAACCUCCUGCAUGACCCCAGUGUGCGUUGUCAUAUCAGUCGGGGUUCUACAAUUUUACCCUUUCAGUGGGGAAAAGAGGCUUCCACAAAAGACAAGAUUAAGGAUAUCGACUAUGCCUAUGGAUUGCCAGUGUUUGUGACACACUGACAAGUUUACCAUUGUUCAGGUCAAGAGGACAUGGUUGAGUUUCAUGGUGCAUUUCUUGUCCCCAAUACCAGUUCACCUGCUUAUUGAACAGUACAACUUAAAUAUUCUGUAAAGUUUGCACUUUGAUUUUACCCUGUCUUAAAUGUAAAAUGUGUUUACAUUUACAAAAUACAAAGACGUUGGCCAGCCAGGGGCACUCGGGUGGCUCAACGGUCCAAAGUGCAAGAACACCACUGCUGAGAUCAGAGUUCAAAUCUCAGCCAUACCAGUGACCUGUCAAUUAGAUACAGUUGGCUGUGUCUGUGGGGAUAUUUUUUUCUAUCCUCAUAGACAGAUUCCUUCUUCCUUCUCUGAAUACUGCCAUCCCUGUCACUCACAUGAAGAUUAGCGUGACUUUCCAUACAGGAUAACGUGUGAGGCCUCGCUACUUGCCAGUGAAUAAUAAGCAACUGGCUGUACUGCAUGCGUGUUGGAAGUGGGACAGUAUGCGGCCAUCCUGCGGACAGAACUGGGUGGUGCAAAUGGCCAUGGGAAAAAGCCCAAAAUUUUGUACAGAGGCCUUAGCAAUCUUAGCAGGACAGUGAAGAAGAACCCCAGUGUUUUUCAGGAUUUCCAGCGUGACCUGAUAAAGGCUGGGACAAUGUGUCAUUGGCACUUAAUAAACAAGGACUUUAUGGCUGAAGCACAGAACGGGUCAACUGAAAUACGCCUGAAGGAAUCUGGAUCGGCCUGCAGAUUUCUUUGGAACUGUUUGGCCACGUAGAUUAGUGGUUUGUCUGGAGCAAGAAAGUCAAGGCUUAUGACCAGAAUAAUACUAUUCUUACAGUCAAGCAUGGAGGUGGGUCAGUGAUGAUGUGGGGAUAUUUUUCUGCUGCAGGAACUGGCAAUCUGGACUGUUUGACUGGCAUCAUGGUUUUACAGAAACACCAAGGUAUUGUAAGGAGGGAUGUUAUGCAAUCUGCGGGAAACUUUAUGUUGAAAACUGGACCUUUGAUCAAAACAAUGAUUCCAAUGAUUGCUGUUAGUUAAUUGUUUGAUGUGAUCUUUAAUCCCAGUGCAAUUAAACUGUCCCCAAUUAGAUCAAGCCUUACAGUAUGUACAUUGAAGUAAAUGUAUAAUGAAAAAAGCAAACUUCCUCGUGUUGAUCAUUUUAAUAAUAUUUAUUACAUCCAGUCCUCAAAUAGUACUUUUGUUGAACACACUGUAACAAUGUUUAAUGAACAAAAGUUAAUGCAGUUUAUAAAAUUGCAAAUGUCGUGCUUUCAGUAGACUAGACGGGAGAAAAACUAGUCACAGCAUUUUUGCAUGGGUUCAGGGCCAUGUGCAAGCUCAUAGCUGGCCCAUUCAACAUAUUAUCCAUCACAACUAUACU